AUGCAGCCUGUCACAUCUAGUGCUUCUCAUUUUCACCAAUCACAAAUACUACUUGUGCCUCCGACUACAGUAAGGCGAGAGACGAGUGAUAGCGACGGUAAAAUCUGCUUCUGCCCUGAGAGAUGCACAAGCCGACUAACAGUUGCCCCUCAGAACUACUCCAAUCCAGCUCAGCAUGGUUACUGGGGCCAAUACCUCUUUCAGUCUGACCCUGACUACGACGUUCUCGACGAACUCUCCGAAAGGGCUGGGUUCGAGCUAUUCUUUUUCGAGUCUGAAGAAGAAGAGACCAAAGCUCGAAACGCUCUCGAUGAAGGCGAAUUCAAUGAAUUGUUUGACAUCAUCACGGAGGAGAAGAAGAAGAGAUCCCUUGUCCUGCUGACUGCCGUUGCCAUGCGAGUGGGCGCAAAGGUGAAGCAGAAUCAACGCAAUCUGAUCGAAAAGAUCUAUAAAAAGGCGCAUCUUAUGGCAGGAGCAGAGAGACAGAUUGAGAAGGCACUCAAAGAAUAUGAGAACGGAAAAUCUUGGCACUUCAAGGAGAGUAGAGGCCUCAUGGAGACCAUGGAGACCAUGGACAAGCCGGACGACGAGGGCUUCACUAGCCCAUUCAUCAUCAAACCUGAGGGCGGUCAGAGCCGAGAACAAAGCGAGUCUACAAAGGAAGCGAACAAGGAAGAGCAGAACAAGACCUUUGAAGAGAGGGCCACGGAGAACGUCCAGAAAUUGUUCGCUGAUCCAGACUAUCAGAAGUAUCUUGCUUCCACUAUGGAGAAGUGA